GUUACUGCGCAGAGGUCAGAAAACAGCUCCAAACGCGGUGAUCUCUACACAGACGCGGGGCCAGAAGAACAAGGCAUUAUGAGUCAGUUUCAGAAAAAGGAGGCCCCACGGCGCGGAUGGAGUGCGCCAGGGUGCCGGGCCCCAGCGCCGCGGCACGGUCUGCUGAGGGCAGGGGAAAUAGCUGCACUGCAGGGCUCCAGUGUCUCACCCCCAGGCAGGUGCCCCGCGCCCCAGUCUCCAGCCAGGGAGAGGGCGGGACCCGGCCGACCAAAGUGGCCCAGUCCAGGGGUCACACGGCUCGCGGGGGGCGGGGUUCCGCGCGCAUGCUCAGCUCGCGGGCCCUUCGCGUCGCCGGGCGCGGGAGGCGCCGGAAGCACCGGGAGCCGCCACAUGGCGCAGGCGGGGAGCGCUGGCCUAGGGGCCGGGGGGCAGAAGCCCGCGGGCGCGGCCCCGGGGUGCGCGCUUUGGCGCUGGGCCCUGGGGCUGCUGUGGCUGGCGUUGGCCGCCGCGGGCUCCUCCCGGCGCCAGUGGCCCGUGCCCUACAAACGCUUUUCCUUCCGCCCAGAACCAGAUCCUUAUUGUCAAGCUAAAUACACUUUCUGUCCAACCGGCUCACCUAUCCCAAUUAUGAAAGAUGAUGAUGUCAUUGAAGUCUUUCGGUUACAAGCCCCAGUAUGGGAAUUUAAAUAUGGGAAUCUCCUGGGACACCUGAAAAUUAUGCAUGAUGCCAUUGGAUUCAAGAGUACUUUAACUGGCCAGAACUACACAAUGGAAUGGUACGAACUUUUCCAACUUGGAAAUUGCACAUUUCCCCAUCUCCGACCUGAAAUGAAUGCCCCUUUCUGGUGUAAUCAAGGAGCUGCAUGCUUUUUUGAAGGAAUUGAUGAUAUUCACUGGAAGGCAAAUGGGACAUUAGUUCAAGUAGCAACUAUACCAGGAAACACAUUUAACAAGAUGGCAAAGUGGGUAAAAUGGGACAAUGAAACAGGGAUUUAUUAUGAGACAUGGACCGUCCAGGCCAGCCCAGAAAAGGGGGCGGAGACAUGGUUUGAAUCCUACGACUGUUCCAAAUUUGUGUUAAGGACAUAUAACAAGUUGGCUGAACUUGGAGCAGAGUUCAAGAAGAUAAAAACCAACUACACAAGAAUAUUUCUUUACAGUGGAGAGCCUACUUAUUUGGGAAAUGAAACGUCUAUUUUUGGGCCAACAGGAAAUCAGACUCUUGCUUUAGCCGUAAAAAGGUUUUAUUACCCCUUCAAACCAUAUUCAUCAACUAAAGAAUUUCUGUUCAGUUUCUUGCAAAUUUUUGAUGCAGUGAUUAUACACAGACAGUUCUAUUUGUUUUAUAAUUUUGAAUAUUGGUUUUUACCUAUGAAAUUCCCUUUUAUUAAAAUAACAUAUGAAGAAAUCCCUUUACCUAACAGAAACAGCACACUCUCUGGUUUAUAAAAUUUUAAUUCUUCUGCUUUUUUUUUUUUUUUUCUCCUGUCACCAGCAUAUAUGUUUUUCAGGUAGUGGUUUUACAUUCAUGGAUUUUCUUAGGCCCUUCUUCCUUGGAGCAGAAGGGUAGAAUGUACUUGGGCAGAACUGCAGCAUAUCAUCUCAGGACCUUUUUUGGAGAGGAGCUGAAACUCUCAUUGCAUUAGCCUAAGUGAGCCCAUUAGGUGAUCUUGAUUUCAAACUCCAAGCCUUUGUUAAAAUGAAUUACAGUUCAUAUCAGAUACAUAGGAUCUUUGGACCCCAUAUUUUUUAAUUGUGAAUAUGGUGUGCCCAGAUUUAAAAAUACCCUCAGUGACAUUUUCAUGGUGGGGGCUACUUUUCUCUGGUACAAUUACACUUUUUCAUUUAAGUACUUUUUGAUGGUUUAGACUGACUUUGCAACUUUUGUAACUUUGGGGACCAGGUCUAGUAGUUUGAUUUUGUUCUUUUACUUAAAGACUAAUUUGGAUACCAUGGCUGGAGUGGUUUUGCUUCCAGAUGUGGUAAAAAGUGUUAAAGAGCACAAGUUCCUAGCUAGCAUUUUAGAACUAGCCAGUAACUGGCAUUUUGUGAUGUAGGCAGCUUAGCAUUUCUGAACCUUAGCAUCCUUAUCUCUAAGAGGAGUCAUCCGUCAGGAUUGUUGCAAAAAUUGAAGCCAUGUAUGUUUGGCAUAGGAAAGUUACAGAAAAUGGUAGCUACAAUGAUGAAUCAAAGAACAAACUGCCGUCCUUGAUCUGGCCAUAAUGUAGUUUACAUGCCAACCUUUCCUGGAUUUUAUAGUAAUAAUCUAAAGUUUGAGCUGACAGCUUUAAUGCUUCUGCAGUUGUUUAAGCACAUUGGGACAUGGAAGUACCUGACUGCAGACACGUCUGGGUGAAUAGGCACCAUAUGACUCCUUUACUGCUUCAUGUAGUCCUUCCACCCUAGUAGAGGUGCCAGCUCAGUAGGAGGGUACACUUCUCAGGGGACAGGUCUUUGUCAAGGGUCUCCAAGUAGCUGUGCUUCCAUUUAGGGCCAUCAAACAAGGUUUCAGGGUCCUUUAAAUGCCUAAUGACCAACUGAACACUAUCUAUUCAUGGAAAAAAGGCCAGUCAGUAAGAUGAUGAAGCAGAGACCAUCUGUUUAAUAUGUAAACUAUGUUGUUCAGUUUCUACCAACAUUUGAGUGUCUCCUGAGAGGUUAGUACAUUCAGUUCUCCUACAAAGCCUAAACACAGGUACUAUUUACCUGAUCAAAUGAGUAAAUUGGGGCUUAGAAAGUCUAAAUGACCUUUCCAGGGCUACCCUGCUAUUGGUAAUGGAGCCACAUCUUGAACCAGUUCUGACUGGAUGGGAUACAUGAUCAAGCAAGGUUUCAUUGUCAGAGUGUAGUCCUCAGAUCCAUGCCUGUACCAUAAGUUACUAACACCGCAGGUUACUGGUCAAGCACAGAUACUGGUGGGAAACUUCUUUUAAAGUAAUUUUGUUUUUGUUGAAUCUAAUAAAAAAAUGGGGCUUGUA